GAGCCAGCUCGUUGGACGAGGGAGGAUUCCCUUUCCCCUCUUCUACCGCGAGCACUUGUACUAGCUCAUCAGCGCCGGCGACCUCACCGCCCGCGACGGGACGCAUCUUGCCGUCGGCCCACCUUCCUUCGGAGACAUCUCAUCGAGCGGUUGAUCCGACGCCCGCGCCAUCUCUGCUCUAUGCUAGCACCGGGCCGGCGCUGGAGAGGGGGUAUUUGGACCUAGCUUCACUUGUCCGGAUUGUGCUUCUGGUUUAGUUCCGACUCUUCCUCCUCGCCGCACGAGGCGAAAUCCACCUGAGGUGCGGUCGCAGUUUAUUUCCCAAGAAUUUGUGGGGUUCAACUGAACCUCUAUGCCCCACGUUGAGUCCGCCGCUGCUUCGGACGGGCCGCCGCCACAGGACGCAUGGCACGCCGAGUUUCAACGCCUCGUCCCGCUGUGGGAGUCGCUGCGCGAGACAUCCAAGGUCAUUAUACCAAUUUCAAUAUCUAGGGUGAACCAGUUUGAUGCUGCAAGGCUAGAUGUUGAGAUGUCUGCCAUGUUGAAAGAGCAGCUAGUCAAAGUGUUCUCCUUAAUGAAGCCAGGACUCUUAUUCCAAUAUGAGCCUGAGCUCGAUGCUUUCCUCGAAUUCCUCAUCUGGAGGUUCUCAAUUUGGGUUGACAAGCCAACCCCAGGCAAUGCACUGAUGAACCUAAGGUAUAGAGAUGAGCAGGCAGCACCCAUCACUGGAACAGAAGUAAGAACAGGUUUGGAAGGACCUGGGCUUUCUGUUUCUCAAAAGAUACUUUAUUGUAUUAGCUUUGUCGGUGGCCAAUAUAUAUGGUCAAGAUUGCAGUCUUUUUCUGCUUUCCGUCGAUGGGGUGAUUCUGAACAGAGACCACUAGCACGCCGCGCCUGGGGUUUAGUGCAGAAUGCUGAAGGAUUGUACAGAGCCGCUUCAUUCUGUAACCUGUUAUUGUUCCUUUAUGGUGGAAGGUACAAAACUAUUGUAGAAAGAAUUCUGAAAGCAAGACUUGUUUACGAGAGUCCCAACAUGAAUAGAGCUGUUAGCUUUGAGUACAUGAAUCGGCAGCUAGUUUGGAAUGAGUUUUCGGAAAUGUUGCUUUUGCUUCUUCCACUCUUAAACUCAUCCUCAGUAAAGAAGUUCCUUCUCCCCUUCUCCAAAGAUAACUCGGCAGGUUCUUCUGGUGAUGAAGCAGAUUGCCCUAUAUGUCGGUCCAGGCCUAGCAUUCCUUUUGUAGCUCUUCCAUGUCAACACAGGUACUGUUAUUAUUGUCUACGCACACGGUGCUCAGCUACGAGUUCUUAUAGAUGCCCACGUUGUAACGAGGUGGUUCUUGCAAUUCAAAGACAGGGAUCAGUUUAGUUAACUUAGUCGGGUUCAAGAAUUCUUGCCCAUGUACACAGACUAGCCCAUUGAUAUUCGUACUAAGAAGUUUAGAUGGCCCCAUCGAGAAUAUGCAUCAUGACAUGUACAUGUUAUGGCCCAAGUAUGAACAAUUUUGAUGCCAUUAAAUGCUGGUUGUACAUAGAAUGUCACGUUUGUAUUUUAUGAGUAAACUCUGCAAAUUGUUAGGCAGCUGUCCGCCAAGGCUCAAGAGUUUUUCUUUGGAUAAGGAAUUUCUUGUAUUCUUAGUGUUUAUAGCCUGGUCUUCGGAAAAAGAAAAGUAGGGUGUCUCAUGCACGUGUGUAAAAAACAUUUUGAUAUAAAAAUCAUAAUUGUGGUAUAUUUUUA